GAAGAAGACACCACCGGACACUUGUCGACUCCACCACCGGCGAGGCGGAAGAACAACCAGCCUGGCUAACGACACGCUUCCCCAUUUCAAUCUACCUUUCUUUUCCGUUUCAAGUUGGUCAACAAUGGGUUCUUACUUGAACUUCAAGGGGGAAAAUCCGCUGACCAGACAACCUUCAAUGUACUCCCUGACCUUCGAAGAGCUCCAGAGUCCAUACGGUGGACUUGGGAAGGACUUUGGGUCAGUGAACAUGGAGGACCUAUUGAAAACCAUCUGGGCAGCUGAGGAGGAAUCCCAAGCCUUUGCAUCUGCCGAGGCUGCAAAUGUCCCGUGUGGGAACUUCUUGCAGAGACAAGUUUCUUUAACACUGCCUCGGACUCUUAGCCAGAGAACUGUCGGUGAAGUGUGGAAAGACUUCCAAAAGGAGGCAGUGUCCAAGAACUAUGGAGAAAUAACACUGGAAGAGUUUUUAGUGAAGGCUGGGGUUGUAACAGAGGACAAAGAACCUACCGGAGGUACCCUACAGGAACGGCCUCAGCUACCUUUGUACUCUAACAAACAGCCCACUGCAGCUUUUGCAUCCCUUGGGCAUCCACUGUCUUCAGAUGUUGUUGCUGAGAGAAACUUGGAUGCAUCUUCAUUAUCACCAUCACCUUAUGCGUUUAAUGAGGGUGGAAGGGGGAGGAGAGGAUGCAGUUCUUUUGACAAAGUAGUGGAGCGGAGGCGGAAAAGAAUGAUUAAAAACAGGGAAUCUGCUGCAAGAUCACGAGCCCGGAAGCAGGCUUAUACUUUAGAAUUGGAAGCAGAAGUAGCAAAACAAAAGGAGAUCAACGCACAACUGAGGAAAAAACAGGCUGAACUUUUGGAGAUGCAGAAGAAACAGCAGGAAGAGAAAGAAAAAAGAGGGCAUCAGGGUUGCAAGUCAAUGUGUUUGAGGAGGACGCAAACCGGACCCGUGUAAAAAGAGUUCCUUGGGAAGAAGAAGCAUAUAAAGAGAUAGAACCCAAUGCAUGCAGUUAGCCUCAUAGAGUGUUCCCACAUGUUCUUAGCAUUUUUGCUUUUGUUGGUUCCAUAUCUGUGUUUGUUUUGAAGGUUGCCAUACUGUGCAGCUUAGUUUUGUAAUUAAGCUCUAAUAUAAUAUGAAGUCUUAU